AUGUCCCUGUAUUCGGGCCUUGGCGGAGCUGAGAUUGCUGUAUCUCUGACUACAAGCGCUGCGAGGGCCUACGUGCAAACGAACCAGUUGGAGGAGCAGGUUGGAUACCCCGCCAAGCCAAAGAACGGAUCCUCCUUCAACAGGGUUCCUAGUUGGGAUGGCCGACCUGAAACCUUUUUUCAUUACAUCACAGAGAUCAAAUGGCAUUUAGCUGGAACGAAAUCCUCAGAAAGACCGUAUGCAGCAGCAAGAUUAGUUCGUCGCAUCUUGGAGAGCGAUUAUCCUUCCCUCAAGUCCUUGGCCUACAAACUGGACCCAGCGGACUUCACCACCGAAGAUGCUGUGACUCGUCUGAUAUCAUUUUUGGAGGCUUCGCCAAUGAACCGGCAGCCAAUUCCGGAUGCUGGGCGGCAGUUGUCCGCCUACUACAGGCGACUCAGUAGGAAGCCACAGGAAACCAUUCCUCAGUUUUUGGUUAGGGAAGAAACGCUGUAUGACUCCAUGUGGCGAGCCCUUCAAAGGUUGCUUCGGGAAAAGGAAUUGGAUUUCGACCAGUAUGAUUGCUCUCUAGAUGAAUUGAAAGAUUUUUGCGGCAUGGCGGACAAGAGUUUCUAUGUCCCAGGGCAGUUUGAGCAUGAGUCAACUCACGGGGCCUUUUCUCAGGGUUCCGGGAGCGGGAGUGGGAGCACUCAUCCAUCUCGUUUCGCUGGAAACCGUGAACCAAAUGCAGAAGCAGAAGAUGAAGACCUGCCACAGCCGCCACUGUCCCGAUCGCAGUCCGAAUCUCACCACACUAUGCCAAUCGGUUCAAGACAUAUGGCAAACAUAGUGGAAGAGUUUGAGGGUGAGGACAUGCAGUACCAAGACUAUUGGGGCAGUAGUCAUGACUAUCCUGAGGGUGAAUACCUUGAGGAUGGUUACUAUGGUGAAGAGUUUCAGGAGACCGCAGAUGAUCCUCAAGCUGAAGAGUCUGAGGUGAAUCCAGAAUCCAUGACCGAGGACCAAGCUUUGCAUGUGAUUUCACAGCUUCAAGAAGAAGAGAAAGAGCUGAAUGCCAUGAUGGUUGAUGCUCAGCGCAACUUGGAGCAAGCUAGACGUGCAGUCCAAGAAGCAAAGAAGGAUCGUGGCUGGAAGAGCUCAGGUUCAAAGGGUUCUCCACCACACGGUUCCCAGAAGGGCACCAGCACGUUCAUGCAGGGCAAGGGACAUCGGUCACAGACCAAUUUCUUUCAGCAGAAGGGGCAUGGGUUUCAUGGCAAGGGCGGCUACCACAACCGUCCUUUCGGUUCCUCUGGUUGGCGUCCACCGCAACAGAAUCGUUUUGCAGGGCGUUCAAACUUUCAGAAUAGGAAUCAGAUGUCUCAGAGACCUUCCUCUCAUGCUGGGAUGUUCAUGGAGCCUCAAGAGCACCACAUGAUGACUAUGACAGACAUGAUCCCCGAGGCAGAAUUCUCACCAGACCUUUCCUUUUUCCCAGUGAGCCAAGCGGAUUCACGUGCUGCCAUCCGACCUGAAGAGGCUAUCAUCGAUUCAGGUGCAACAGUGUCAGCCGGUGGCGAGACAGCUGUGAAGAACCUUCUCCACAGUUUGGCCCAAUCGCGGCCAGACCUUAGCUUGACAGUCGUCACAGAAGAUCGGCCAUAUUUCCGCUAUGGUUCGGGAUCAUGGGGUCAGGCUAGUUACAAGGUGAAGCUCCAUUUUGGUUCCAUAACCCUACAACUGUAUGCACUUCCUUCACCGGGUGUUCCUGUUCUGUUGGGUAUGAGAGAAAUGCAACAACUGUGUAUGAUAGUGAACCUCUCCAAUGGUCAUGCAGUUGUUUUGGGCGAGAUGAGACACCUCAGAAUGACUCCCAAGAGACAGAUUCUUUUCAGCUUCUUGAAGGACCUUCCCGUUCAACGACAACAACAUUCUGCAGCCAGAUCUCCGAAAGCCGAAUUAAGGACAGACCGAACUCGUUCAUCAGCACGUGUGGCACAGCAGUCACAGCAGUUGAUGACCCUUUUAGAUUUUUCGUUCGAGCCCAAUUUUGAAGAACAGCCAUGUUUUGUGGUACAAGAACCACAACAGUCGGAUGGCAUUUUCGCAAACUCCAUGUUUGAGCAUUUGUGUGUUUCACCAGAGCAGUGGCAAUUUUUGCAAUCUAGCGCAUCUUCAAGCUCAAAGCAAGUGACCUUCGAUUUGAGUCAGCCUGCCGAAUCUGUGAUCCAAUAUGGCAAACACCGAAGAGUUGGAGAACAAGAUUCAGGCGGCACUUCGGCGAAAGUGACGCCGAAGGCGAAAGCCAAAAAGGGGCCGAAGGGAGAGCUGGAUCCAACUCGGACCAUGGGAGUCCAUACCCAAGAUCCUCGUGCGAGCAAGGACUUUUGGCCGUGCAAAGGAAAUCACGACCCCAAGCAGUACUCCAACCCUCACGGAGCUUUGGCUGGAGCAUCAGGUCAGAGCACUCACAUGGACCUGCCUUCCAAUGUCGUCCGGGCCAUGGAGCACCUUCGUAUGGAGGGAUUCAAGGAGAACGAUGUCGACUCACGUCUUGUGAAGAAGACGAUUCGUUACAUCGAGGGCCAAGAGCUCAUCAAGGCCAAGAAGCCCGGGAAGACUCACGGCGACUUGGACAAAAGGGAGAAAGAGAAGGGAUAUCCAGCAGCCAGCGCCUCCAAUCCGACUCCGGGGCCGGAGAUUCACAACUUGGCCAGCGACGACGAUUCGUGGGAACAGCCAACUCCCAUGAAGAAGAAGGUCGAGAAGAAGACAGAAUCACCUGAGAGCAAAGAAGACAUGCAGCACAACGAGCUCACACCGGAUGCAGUCCUGAGGGAUUUGACAGCUAGUUUGAAGUCUUCAGUUUUUAGCAUUGAACAGCAGUUGAGAUCGCUUCAAGAGCAACGGUUUAGUUUGUGGGAGAUGUGUUGUUCUCCAAAUUCGACCUUAUCCAAUGAAGUGAUUCGCAAUGGAUUGAAAGCUCAAAGAUGGACAAUCGAAGAGGGCUUUGACCUUGAGAAGCCAGAGUGUGUUGCUGAAGCGAUCAAUGCACUGAAGAGGGAUUGUCCGACAAAAAUUUGGGCAUCUUUGCGUUGCACUCCUUGGACAUCGAUACAACACAUCAACCAACGGACACCACAACAAGUGAACAAUUUGCGGAGAAUGCGUUUGAGAUCAAGAAAACAACUUCGACACAUCUUGGAGAUUUUUCGCCAAGCACUGCUCCAGGACUCUGGAACGGACUUCUACUUCGAGUGGCCAAAGAACGCAACGGAAGGCUGGCGACUUCGUGAAUUGGAACAAUUUGAACAAUGGUACAAUGCAACCUUUUCCAAACCUCUUUACAGAACAGUGGUCCAUGGUUGUAUGGUUGGUUUGUUGGAUGAAGAGGGCAAUCACCUACACAAGCCGUGGCAGAUCCUGACAAGCGACCAACACUUCCAUAUACAUGCUGGGAUUACAUGUGACGGACAACAUACACACAAAAGUAUUUUGGGUUUGGGAACACAUGCAGUUGCAAAAACAGCCUUUUACCCUGUGAAGUUUGCGAAGAGAAUUGUUCAGGUUUGGAAGCACGAGCAAUUCUCAGCAUCAGAGCCCAAGAUUUUACAAUCACUCCACACGAUGGACCAGGCUCAAGAUCCUCAUCUACACCCUGACCGUGCACUUCAAGCUUUUCAGAAUCUGGAAGAUGCAUAUCCGGUCGAACGCAAACGUACACACACUGAAACGCAAGAUGGGGAAAUGGAGACAGAUCAAGCAGCAGAAGACGAAACUCUGGAACAGGACCCAACAGUUUCAAACAGUCAAGGUGGUAGCAGCAUACUUCCUGAAGUAUCUCAUGAAGAACGUGAAAAAGGUAAAGUUCUUUUGCACCGACUUCACAAAUCCGCAGGUCAUCCUUCAAACCAAAGUCUAGCCCGACUGAUUCGAGAUCGAAAACUACCUGGAUGGCUAGUGGAUGAAGCGAAGAAACUGCAAUGCACUCAAUGUUCUGAGGUACUCCCUGGAAAUCAACUAGUUCUUCACCGUUCCAUUGGAGAACAUCCGAGACCUUGGCAGAUGGUGGGCAUGGAUGUCUUCGAACUACAUUUUCCAUCACAGAGGGUUAAGGGACGUUUUCUGUUGAUGACAUGUCUUGCAAUGCAUUUUACAGCAGUUGCACCACUUUGGAUUGGAAAAUUUUCACAGACUGGAACGGACUCUGGCGAGAAACUGAUUUCCACGUUUUGUGAUGUUUGGCUACAUCAUCGUCCUCGACCAGAAUGGGUGGUAGUAGACUCACAGUCAAGCCUCAUCAACGGUUAUUUCCCUACAUUCAUGCACACAGCUGGAAUCGGUAUGUUAGCUUCUCCAGGGGAAGGACAUUGGAUUCAUGGGAAGACGGAAGCUAUGGUACGAACCAUCAAGCGUACUAUGAAACGAAUACGACAAGAACAUCCUCUACUAGCUCCUUCAAUUGUUGGCACACUAGCUCCACAUGCAGCAAACCACACUGUUCGUUCUACUGGUUUUUCUCCGGUGCAAUGGGCCUAUGGUUAUGACCCCGAUGAGUUAGAGAGAAAGAAUGACCCGUUGCAAGCGAAUGGAGAGAAGCUUUUUGGUCCUAGACAUUUCAAAGAAUUUCAAUCCAUGCGUGCUCGAGCAGGUGAACUUUUCCGUGAAGAAUCUGCACGUCAAGCUGUGUCUCGACUAUGGAAUUCUGCUCCUCGACCUUUGAUAGAUUAUCAGGUUGGAGACUUUAAUUUCACAGAUGUUUCAAAAGAGCCUUUUUCUCCAGAUCAUCCUGAAUACCAAUCAGAGGAGACUGAGCGGAAGAAAGCUCGACUGGACACUGUGUCAGCUCUGCGUGCCAGGUGGGAACAAUUGGUAUCGAUUAACCAGAACCGGAGGCAGGAAGGACUUCCUCCAUUGAUGCAGCUUCCAGCCCAAGUGUUGGAACAAAGUCCAAUGAUGUAUACUUUUGAAGAUUCUGAUCCACAACAUGUUGAAUGUUCACCCGGAGUUCAAACAGCAGAAAACACAGUGAGGAACAUUCAUCUUUUGGAUCAAGAGACGCAGAAACUGGUUUUGGAGAGAAUCCACUUGCUGGAAGAGGAAGUCAAGAUGAAACAAGAGACAGUGCAGCUUCAUGAAAUGAUCACUCAGGAACGCGAAGAUGAAGCUCAUUUCCUGUCCUUCAUCCAGGACGACUUCCAGAGACCCGAGAAGGACCGUCAAUGGGUCUUCCAGAUUGAGUUCGACGUUUCGGAAGAGAUUGCUGAUGCUAAUCCGUUUUUGUACGCGAAGCGAGUCUUGGAAGGGAACAAAAACGUAGAGAUUACCUACAAGCAACUGUCUCCAGAGCAUGUUCCUUUGUUUGAUGAAGCAAAAGCCAGAGAGGUCGCUGAAGUUUUGGGUUCAAUGGCACUUCGCGCAGUACAAUCUAAAGAAGAACUGAAAGAAGCUUUGAGCCAUCCUGAACGCCAUAUUCCCAUGAGAUGGGUCCUUACUUGGAAACCGAUUCAACCUCCUGAACCUCCGCCUCCAGACGGCUCUUGCAGUGACAAAGAUCCGAUGACUGCAUCGGAAACUUCGCAAGCUCGAGCGCUUUUGAUGAAAGCGCAGUGGAGAUCUUUGCAGAGUGCUCCUCAAUACGCUGCUCGAAUUGGCAUAGCUUCUUCCACGUUGUCGGAUGGGAAACUGGCAAACUUGAGAGAAGCAAACUCUAUCAUUCGGGAUAUGCGUAAGACUGCAAAGGAAGAUCUGGUUUUUCACAAUUUCAAUUUUGGAAGAACGAACAGAUUGAAAUACACAGAUCUUGUUUUCUUGCAUUGGGGUGAUGCUGGACACAACAACAGACCGACAGGUGGUUCGACCGGCGGGUUUGUUUCUGGAAUUUCUUCACCGGAAAUCUUGAAGGGCAAUGAAACGCCUGUAACCUUGAUUGAUUGGAGAUCCUGGAAACUCCGUCGUCCUGCCAGAGGGACGAACUGCUCAGAAGCUCAAGGAAUUGCAGAAGCUGAAGACAAAGGCUGGAGAACUAGACUUAUGUUUGCAAUCCUGUACGGACACACCCUUCGACUUGGGAAAGCAGACACUCUGACUUCCAUGUUCACGAGUCUGUUGAUUAUGGACUCUCGCGGGUGCUAUGACCUACUGGUGAGCAAUGAAUCUCUUGCCAUGUCAAUGUCAGACUCUAAGGCUGCAAUAGACCUACUUCAUGUCCAGAAAGGAAUACAAGAUGGUACAAACUGUUUUGCUACGUGGGUGCCUUCAGACCUCAACCUAGCUAAUUCUCUCACAAAAGCUUCCACGGAUGCAUAUAGAGAGAUGAAACUGUUUCAUACCAACAAAAGCUGGAUAGUGAAGUUCAACGAAGAGUUCAUUUCUGCUCGUAAGAUGCAACGACUGCGAACACAAAAGAAGAAAGAAGAGCAGAAACAAGGCCUGCAUUUUGCAGAUAUGCCAGAAGACCCGCCAGAAUUUCUGGUACCAUCGCUGGAGGAUUUCUUGAAGAAAGGGUCCCCGGAGGUCCUCCUCCAGCUGAUUGAGUCGAAGAGGGAUGAGUGUGCAGCCCUCUUCAAACGAAUGCAGACUUCACCAGACCAAGCUGUGGCCAAGGCAGAAGCUAAGGUCAAAGCUGCCAGCAAGAGAAAGAACCAGGAGGCAGCCUUUGAUCAGGCCAAAGUCAGGACAGAAGCUGCCCAAAGCGUGCGUGAUGCCAAGAAGAGCUUGGCUCAAUUGUCCAAAGAUCUUGUGUUGGAAUUGGUGAAGAAGAUUGAAUGCGAGGGCAUGUUGAAGGAUGCGAUUUGUACCGGCAGCGAUCGGCCAACUUUCGAUGCCUCCAUCUUCGCAAGCCUUUUUCCCAACUACGCUGUGGAGAGCGUGCUGACGCACCCGACAGACUUCGGCUUCCCUGCUCGUAGAACAAGGUUAUACACUUUGUUGGUUCGAGAUGAUUUCAAGUUGCUGCGUGGCAUGGAUGAUCUUCACCGCCUGUAUAUUUCCCCAGGGAUGGACUGCAGCGCAUUUCGUGCUGCGGAGGAGCAAGAGGCAAAGAAAACAGUACAUUCUGCUUGGUUGGACCUGCUGCCAGUGGCAGCCGGGGUUCACUUGCAAAGUGCGUUGAAGCUGGAGAAGGUCCGCGCUGCACUCGCGCGGUCGCCCGCCAUUGCCAUGCGUGAAGUUGCCAUCAACCUUUCCCAGAACCCACUAUGCCAAGAACAUUUUGGGAGCGUGGCCCCUGUAGUGCUGGCGUCUAGCACUUGCAUUUGGGGCGUGCUCCAGGGAAGGCCUUACACUGCCAAGGAAAUGCUUGAGAUGCAGGGCAUCCCGAUUCACACUGAUGCACUGGAAGCAGCUCAGAUUUCUCGACCGUUCUUUGACCCUGGAGUGGUCUCUGUCGCAGCGCAGAAGCGUCUCGCUGGGAACAGUUUCCAGCAGGGUUGCAUGUCAGCAUUCCUGUGUUUUGCUUUGGCAUUUGUGAUGCCUGCAAAAGAGUGGGAUGAGAACAAGAUCCCUGUGGCCAUCCGACCACGGCUGGCAUCCAAUGCACGCGUGUGGUGCUUGGGUUCUUCUUCUGAGGCUGAGGAUGGUGGCAGUGAGGAGGAGUAG